CUAAGGCAAAACAUCAUAUCCUGUUCGAACGAUUUUGGGACUGGACACCGGAUCACUCAACUUCGGAUAAGUGAUAAUAUUUUGUUCUGUGUUGUUUGAAUAUUUUAUUCCAUUUUCUAAACACUUGUUUGGGCGCUAAUUUAAAAAUCACGAAGUUUGGUUUGCCUGCGUAAGUCUACUGCAUUCGCGCAUACUACACCAUUCAUGCGGGUUCGAUUUCUUAUUAGUGUUGGUUACGACCUGUCUUCCUUUCUCGUACACAACGCCGUGUAGUAUUUGGCGUUUGGCGGUUUUUACUUCAUUCAAUUUUGUGUCUGCUUACAGGAGCACAUCAGAAAGGAGUAUUUUCUGUUGUAGUAAGUUAUGAAGUAUUCGUUUAGUAUUUAUAACUAAUUGAUUUGAUCGUCGAUUGAUUGAUACCAAUGCUGAGUUCUGCGCAGUCAGAUUAACAAAACAAUUGGAUUUGGUAGCUUGAUUGGAUUCAAUUUUCUCCUGUGCAUUCAAAAUUUCCAUUGUACCAGACAGAACAGCUGGUAAUACAAUAUGGCAACUGUGCAGAGUGGUAAGGUGGCCAUGCAGUACAAUCAGCACUACAAUCCGGUCGAAGGAAAUCCGAUUCCGGGCGUAAUAGCAGUAGGACCAGUGGCUGUACAGCCCGAUAUUCAGUACACCGCAGUAACUCAGUUGCAGCAGCACCAGCUUCCGGAACGGCAGUCAACGAAGCCUAUUAUACUGAAUCACCUCGUCGGGACAUCGGCGAUGAGUGGAAAUCAGCUGACACCAAAUUUCAAUAAAAUUGAGCAGCCGAAACCGGUAGCACCGGCACUGUCGAAUUUAUUGCUGCUAGUGGAAUGGGAUAUGCCUCCGGGUGAACCGAACGCAUACUCGAUAAUUGACUCUUCGGAACUUGUGCUCCAAGGUAACAACAUGCGGGAAACGAUCCACACUGGGAAAAACAUUCUUGUAAGACGAGGCAAGAAAGUUCAACAGGCAACCGUGGUAAUUAUUUCCGACGACAAACAAUUUAUUGAGACCGAGCUCCGACAGCUUCGUAAGAUGGCAGCAGACAACCUGUUUCGCAAUAUGUCGACAUUAUCUCAAAAUCAGAAUAUCGAUCAAAACAACAAACGUCGGAGGACAGAAUCAGUUGCCAUCGCUCAAAAUGAGAUAGAACCUGCCAGUCCAGAGUACGAGCCAAUGCCGAUUCCUUCGCAGAUCGCGACAGCCAACUGGGUUAACAGCUGCAAACCGGACCGUGUCAUAUCGCCCUCUCCAUCGGUGAUGACGAUGCAUUUAUCUACCCCGUUUCCUCCUCCAAAGGCUCCUCCGAUGACAUUCCAUCAGCAGACACAGACGGACUGUAGAUUCUUUCCUCAGGAGAGCAGCCGCAGCAACCAACCCGAAUUGGCGCGAAUACUGUCACUACAGGAAAGCAUCCUAGCCGAACAGAAAAGUGUUCGUAUGGAGAAUGAGUACAACAGAAAGAUGAUGUAUGAUAUUGUGGAACAGUUGAACUCCUUCUCCGAAACAUUAAAGAAUUUGGUAUCCAAAGUAGAUUCAGUACAGAAAUAUGAAAUAACCGAAAUGGGUAAGGAAGAUCCAGUGUCCAACGUUUCCAGCUAUGUGGUACUGGGAACUGGCGGCGAAGAAAGUCGUGACCGGCUAUCGAGUGUAACCGAUUCGGUUCUUCCUCGGCCCAUGCCUUCUAAUGAAAACAGCAAUAACUUGACCAUGGACCAGAUAAGUAUUCACGAGGACAGCAAUAUGUCGUUCAGCCAAACAAAGUUUUCCCCUCCAGACGACAACUCAUCAGCCACAUCUACACCAAAGAAUCUCAACUUUUGCAACCGCCUUUCAGCUUCGGCCCUUAGCCUUAGCAAUGCAAGUAUGCAUUCUCAAAGUAGCAAUACUUUAAAUCAGAACAAAUCGAUCGUUAACGAUGUGCUAAAAGAUUGGCACGACGAGGAUAGUGAUGAUUCAGAAAUGACACCGAUUGGUCCGAACAACACUAUGGUGAAGAAACAAGUCCUACGUGCAAUUAACUGGACCAGCUACAAAGCCGCCACUCGCAAACUGCUAAUGACCCUAUUUUCUCGAUCCAUGCUUGCAUCGCAUACUCUUACUGGGCGCCCAUCUCCGGCCUUCAUGGGAGACAGAGCGAAACCGUUAAAAGACAAACUAGAUCAGAAGAUUAUAGCCGAUAUAAUCGCCAUUGUAACCAAAUCCUGUAACGUUUCGGAAUCUAUGGUACGCACUGCCAUUACGACGAAAUGUGCAGAUGAAAACAAAAUGAACAGAAUGAAAAACAGUAAAGUGUCGUCCCAAACUGUGAUGACUCAGUUCGUAAAGGAUCCGCAAAUGGUUACUCAACCACAACAAAACUCCUCCCAUCUACCUGCAGUGGAACAUGCGGCACCAGUAUUUUCCCGAAGGAUCAAACGCGAAAACAAAGAAAACGUUCACUGAUGUAAGAAGUGACUGGUGAAUGUUACUGCCAAAAAGAAGGUUAUUGACGAGGCUGCCAUCCGUUAUUCUCUUACUUUUGAUAACCGGACGAUAUUAUAAUUGGUAUUUUAUAGGAGUAUUGAGCCUAUUAAAAUAGGACGAUAGUUUUAACGCGUUAGAAUUAUAUUACAAUAGAUCGUUUUUGCGGCGA